GGCGAGGGAGGACACAUGAGUAGGUGGGUGGACAGAGGAUGACGGCCAUGAUUUCGUUGAGAACGGCAACGUGACAUGAAGAGGAUGAGACUGGGGACAGGAAGGGGGGAUUCGUGACCAUCCGAGCCAAUCACCCACAUCGUUGACCGUGAUCAGGACUCGUUGGUUGAGAGUGGCAAAGCAAGCCGAGAAUGUGUUUCCCGAAAAAGCAACGCAUGCGUUCAAGGGAACAGUCUCGCAUGAUUGUUCUGUUUGCUUCACCAACAACCCUCGCACGUACACACACGCACACACGGACACUCACACACAGACAGAGAGAGAGAGAGAGAGAGAGAGAGAACGUCCCGCACAUCGUCAUACACAUAUACAUACAUAUAUACACCACUCGCCAUACACACACCAACUCCGCACGCUCUAUCUUUCUUCCACACGUUAUGGCAGAGUCGGUCACGCAUGCAGCAGGUGCUGGCCAGCUCGACGAGGUGAUGCGACUGGUGGAGGGCAUGACGUCGCCGACGGAUCGGGAGGAGGCCGUGGCAGCAGCUUUGGUAGCAGCGGCAAAGGGUGGGAAAUUGCUCGUGGCGCAGUGGUUGGUGGAUAGUGCCGGCGGGAAGCUGGUGGCCAAGGAGGAGGAGUUUGGGGGGAAGAUAAGCCGCCGAGCCUCCUCGCGGCCGAGACGGACUCGUUGGAGAUGAUCAAGUGGGUGGCUGGUCACCCUCAGUUGCUCGCGUGUGCUGAUGGUGCCGUAGAGGCAUAUCUGGGCUAUGCUGUCCAUGCUGCGGCAAAGGCUGGUUUUGUUCAGGUUGUGAGAGGCCUUGUGGAUGAGGGUCUCUACACCGGACCGCUGUCCGGCGACGAGGACGACACAGCCCUGAUGCUAGCGGCCCGGGGCGGUCACGCUGAGCUGGUGAGGUGGAUGAUCACUGAGAGCGGGAUGGAGAUCACGGCGGAUGAUGCAGGGAGCAAGGCUGAUAUUCGUGCCGCGCUCGUGUCUGCGGCACACGUGAACGACUUGGCCACGGUGCAGGUGCUCCUCUCGGCCGGCGUUUCAAUGACAGCCACCGAAUCGGUGCCAGGUGGCUAUCUCGACCUGACGCCGGCAGCAGCAGCGGCGCAGGGCGGUGCGCUGGAGACGCUGCAAUGGCUGGUGGCCGAAGAUGUGGGCUGUCUGGUCGGUGGCGAUCAACCGCCGCUGGCUGCCGCUGCGAGCCGAGGCCAACUGUCGAUCGUGCAGUGGCUAGUCGAGCAUGCUGGGGUGGACGUGGACGAAGUCCAUGACGAUGGAGGGACCGCGGCGUGUGCGGCUGCCGCGGCGGGCCACGCUCUCGUUGUCAAAUGGCUUGUCUCGUCUGCCAACGCCGACCUCAACCGUGGCGACGAGGUCUGGCCGCUUGUUGCCGCAGCCGGUGACGGCAACAUGGACCUAGUUCAGUGGCUGGUGGCUGCUGGUGCCGACGUGACCAAGCAUGCCAAAUACGCCGAGACCGCUGUCGAAGCUGCGCUUUCUCACGACCGGCCGGACAUCGCCCAGUGGCUGGUGUCUUCCGGAGGCGCCAGUGCCGCGCUUGCGCUGCACGCUGCUGUCUCACUCGGCAACGAGGCCUUUGCAACAUGGCUCGUCGACAAUCAAGGCGUCGACAUCGCAGAUGUCAACGCCGACACUGAUCUCUUUCUCGCUGCCGUGGCCACUGACAACGUCGCGCUGGUCCAGUGGGUCCACGACAAAGUUGACCUCGCCCUCGACCCUUUUCUCCGGCCGAUAGUGCUGAUACACGCGGCGGUUACGGGUGUUGUGGCGUUUGUCGAAUGGUUGCUGGACGACGACCGUUGGCUCGCGCCGCUGCUGUACCUUGCGGCCUCAUCGGGCGAGACCGAGAUGGCCAAGUGGCUGGUCGGCCGCGGGGCCCAGGGAGCUGUCGCGGUCGUGUCGGACCUGCCGUCAGAGCUCAUCACUGGCGAGGUGAGUGAGACGUUUGAAAGCAGCGAGUCGGCUCACAUCGUGGUCCUUGUUGCAAAGCGCGCGUGGUCGUCGCUCUCCGAACACAUUGCGGCGGGCUACACGCCGAUGCAUCUCGCGGCGCACACAAACGAGACCCAGCUGUUGGCGCUCCUGAUGGAGGAGGGCAAGUUGAGUCCGGCGGCACGCGGAAGCGACGGCACGACGCCGCUCCUCUGCGCUGCGCAAUAUGACGCUCUUGAUGCCGCCAGGUUUCUGGUCGACGUCGGCGGCGCUGACGCCGAUGAGGCGCGCGACGACAAAACGACGCCGCUGUACCUUGCGUCGGUGUACGGACAUACCGAGAUGGUGGUGUGGCUGGCAGAGAGCUGCGGCGCCAACACUGGGGUUCAGAAGAAGAACGGCGACACGCCGUUGCUCAUUGCGGCGAACAACGGGCAGCUGGAAGUCAUCCAGUGGCUUGUCACUGAGGGAAACGAGCCGACCACGGUCACCAACUCGUACGGCAGCACGCCGCUGUUUCUGGCGGCGAUGAAGGGUCACGUCCAUGUGGUCCGUUGGCUCGCGCUCGAGGCCGGCGCUCAGGUUGACGUGGCCAAGCCCAACGGCGACACGCCGCUGCUCAUCGCGGUGAACAACAAUCACCUAGCCGUGGUCGAGUGCCUCGUGCGCGAGUGCGGCGCAGACGUCAACUUGGCCCGCAAUGACGGCGCAACGCCGCUCUACCUUGCUGCACUCAAGAACCACGUCGAGAUCAUCGACUGGUUGAUUGCCCACGGCGGGGCCGACGUUGAGCAGCCGCGGUCGACCGGCUCGACGCCGCUGUAUGUGGCAGCUGUGGAGGGUCAUCUUGCUGCGGCGCAGCGGCUACUAGCCGGCGGCGCGUCGCCGACCGCCGCCAACAACCGCGGCACCACUCCACUGCUCAUCGCAGCCAGCAACGGUCACGCGCACAUCGUCCGCUGGCUUGUCACCGAUGUGGGUGUCGACGUCAACGCGACGCAACCCAACGGAGACACUACCCUGCUGAUUGCUGCCUUUCUCGGUAACGUUGAGCUUGUCCGUUGGCUGGUGGCCACCGGUGGCGCCGACGUCAACAAGGCGCGCAACGACGGCGUCACUCCGCUCUACAUUGCGUGCGUUCAGGGUCACGCCGAGGUUGUCGCCUGGCUCGCCGCGUACCCGGCCACUGACGUCAAUCUCGGAAAGCCCGACGGGACGAGCCCGCUCCACGAGGCCAUUCAGCCCAUCGACGCCGCCCUGGACAUGGUCUCGGCGCUGGUGGCCACUGGUCGGGCCGAUCUCGACCUGGCUCAGUCCGAUGGCAAGACUGCACUGGGCGUCGCCGCCAGGUUGGGCAUACUCCCGCUAGUUGCCUACCUCGUCGUGGCUGGCGCACGUGUCACCGAAGAUGUGAUCAACUCAGUGCCGGCUCACUCGUCGCCCGUCGCUGAUCUCCUCCAUCUCGCCCACUCGCGCGACAUCCUCCGUCGCGACGACAUGCUCCUUGCCAUCGACAACCCAGGCGUCCGGGCCAAGCUCGCCGCCGCUGCAUUUCCUCGAUUCUGACUGCCCCCCAUGCGGCACACGAGGUGACGACUUGGCAAUCCCACGACUCGACGACUGCGCGACCGUGCGACCCAGCGACUCGGCGACUCGGCGACCCGGCGACUCCGCGACCGCACCUGAUCGCAACCAGACUGCACCCAAACACGCCCCACACCCCCUCCAUCGUUGUGCUUCUGGCUUUCCCAUAAUCACUCCCCUCUUGC